AACAUGACAACUGUCGACACAAAACAAAACAACUGUGCGAACAUUUUAAUUUAAUUUAAAUACAAAAACAUUUUAACGAGGGAAAUUCAAUCAAGUGUAAACGAGUUAAGCGAAAAUGAGUGUGGAACAAUUUGCCCAGGAAUGCCUCAAUGCCCACAAUAAAUAUCGCGCACUGCACCAUGCCCCACCGCUAGGGUUGAGUCCCAAACUGAAUGCAUUGGCCACCAAUUGGGCCCAGCAUUUGCUGGCCAACAAUCGCAUGGAGCAUCGUCAGAAUAGCGGAUAUGGCGAGAACAUUUAUAUGGCCAUGGGUGGGAAUAUGUCUGCAAGCGAUGCUGUGGACUCCUGGUACCAGGAGAUCAAUCAAUACAAUUGGCACAGUCCUGCCUUCAGUAUUAGCACGGGACACUUUACCCAAGUCGUGUGGAAGAACUCCACAGAGUUGGGUGUGGGAUUUGCCAAAAGAGGAAACGUCAUUUACGUUGUGUGCAACUACAAUCCGCCUGGAAACUACAACAAUAUGUUCCGCGAAAAUGUCUUGCCCUGAGGUCGCUAAAAGCAAAUGGAAAUUUAAGGCAUUCCAAAGAUAUUUAUGAAGCAUUACUUUAAAACAUUCC